CGGCGCUCUGGCCUGGGCUUCAAUCGCCGCCUUGAGCCGGGACGCGGAUCGCAGCUGGCAGCACGGGCCGUGGAGUGGGCGCUGCGCUAGGACUGCCCAAUGCGUGGACUAUCUGCAGCCGCUGCUCGUGCAAUAUGCUGGAGCUCCAAAACAGCUAAACGGAGUCGCCACACCGCUGCCUGGGCUGGAUCACAGCGCAGCCUUUCCUUAUGAAGAAGACACAACUGGAUUCACUGCUCACAAGGUCCUCUCUUCAUUUCCUGAGGAAGUCGAUCCCUAUUCUCCUAUAUGACUUGGAUUAUCACUUGCAUUUAUCUUCAAUUGCUCCUAUUUAAUCCCCUCGUCAAAACUACAGGGAUCUGCACGAACCGCAUCACUGAUGAUGUGAAAGACGUUACAAAAUUGGUGGCAAAUCUUCCAAAAGACUAUAAGAUAACCCUCAAAUAUGUCCCCGGAAUGGACAUUUUGCCUAGUCAUUGUUGGAUAAAUGAAAUGGUGGAACAAUUGUCAGUCAGCUUGACUGAUCUUCUGGACAAGUUUUCAAAAAUUUCUGAAGGCUUGAGUAAUUAUUCUAUCAUAGACAAACUUGGGAAAAUAGUGGAUGACCUUGUGGAGUGCAUGGAAGGACACACAUUCGAGAAUAUAAAAAAGUCACCUAAGAGCCUAGAAUCCAAGCUAUUUACUCCUGAAGAAUUCUUUAGAAUUUUUAAUAGAUCCAUCGAUGCCUUCAAGGACUUGGAUAUGGUGUCAUCUAAAACUAGUGAAUGUGUGGUUUCUUCAACAUUAAGUCCUGAAAAAGAUUCCAGAGUCAGUGUCACAAAACCAUUUAUGUUACCCCCUGUUGCAGCCAGCUCCCUUAGGAAUGACAGCAGUAGCAGUAAUAGGAAGACCUCAAAUUCCAUUGGAAACUCCAGCUUACAGUGGGCAGCAAUGGUCUUGCCAGCAUUCUUUUCUCUUGUAAUUGGGUUUGGUUUUGGAGCCUUAUACUGGAAGAAGAAACAAUCAAAUCCUACAAGGACAGUUGAAAAUAUACAGAUUAAUGAAGAGGAUAAUGAGAUAAGUAUGUUGCAAGAAAAAGAGAGAGAGUUUCAAGAAGUGUAAUUGUGGCUUGUAUCAACACUGUUACUUUUGUACGUUGGCGGGUAACAGUUCAUGUUUGCUUCAUAAAUGAAGCAGCUUUACACAAAUUCGUAUUCUGUCUGGAGCGACAGACCACGUCUUUAUCUGUUCUUGCUACCCAUGACUCUAUAUGGAUGAUUCAGAAAUUAGAACAAAGUGUUUUACUGUGAAACUGGCACUGAAUUAAUCAUCUAUAAAGAAGAAUUUGCGUGGAGCAGGACUCUGUUUUAAGGACCUGGGGACUUGUAGUCUCAUUUAGAACCUGCAACUGAUGUUGGGAGAGAAAGCACGUGUCCCAGACUACAUUCACCAUUUUGCAUGCCUCCAGAAGUGUCUAACUGCUGAAAAGCCACAUUGUUUUAUUUUCAGUUACAACCUGCAGUUUGUAGUUAUCUUGGUCUCUUCAAGUACAGUUCAACCUGGAUAGUCGGGAUAAUAAUUUGUCUCAGAGGGAUCUAGAAAAAUUUAAAAAACAAAAACUCAGUAGCAUCAGCCACUGUACAUAUAGAAGGCAGUGGGAAAAAAUGAUUGGAGUAGGCAUCAUGUCAGCCUGUAGCUGCUGAUUAAUGAUAUGGGUCUGAUCUUGGCCUCUUCCUGACAUAAACCAUGCUCACCCAUAUCCCACCAGACAAGUGGACAUGGCUGGCUGGAUCUAUCCAAGCAGGGGAGCCAGUACUACAUUCGAACAGUGAUGCCUUUGCAGAGGGGAGACUCUCCGAGAGAGUCAUCACCUGAAGAAGCUAUGAACACUGAACAACAGGACGGCCGCAGCGGAGGACAUAUGGCACCCCUGGUGAGGUCGGCCUUUUCUCCUGACCACUGUAGAGUAUGUAAAUCAUGCUCGCAAAGUUUAUUACCAAGUGUUUAUAUUCUAAAACUAUUACGGAGUUAUGCAAAGGGACUUAGGAGAAAUUGCUAAACGUAUGAAGGUCCCAUUUUCAAUUCCCACAUGGGAUAGAAUAAAAAUAAAUUAUGAUAUUUAGUAUCUAAGGUUAGAAAAUCACACCCACAUGCUGACAUGGGUGUUGAAACAUAGGUUACUUGGCUUUUACAAGAAUGCAAGGAAUCAGGAAACUCUUCUUAUUUAUAUAGUAUAAUCAUCAUUAUCUGUUUAAAGGGUCCAUUUAUUUAAAAUCAGGCACUCUAUAUCCAUUAAGGUUUAUGAAUUAAAAAUAAAAAGAGUUUUGUGUAGUUAUGCAUGUCAAUUUGCUAUUUAAAAGGUAUGACAGCGUUUGUCAUAUAAGAGUGCAUUUGGCGGGAAUUCCCAAGGUAGACAUUGGCACUUUUUUAAGCUAGAACUCGUAAGACAUUAUGUGAAUUUCCUUUGCCAGUUUUGUUUAUGGUCAAAGGAACAUCUGACAAAAGUCAAAUGAUUUCUUAUGGCUUAGUUUGAUGAAGAUUCUUUUAGUAUAUCACAGACAUACACAUAAAGGCGUCCAAAGCUUUCCAUUGUAACUUAAUCCAUAUGAUAACAUUAUUGCCAUGUACUACCACCAUCAGAUGACCAUUUUCAAUGUAGUGAUAAAAAAGGACCAGAAAAACUAAGUGCUAGCUUUCCUUUGAUUUCAAAAGUCUUAAGAAUUUCUAGUGUAUUUGGAUUUUAGUUUAUGUUCAAAGCUAAUUCAAAUACAGCUUCAAUAUGUGGCCUUUGCUCUUCUUUGUACCAAAGAGCCCACGUGAUUUCUAGGAUCCCUUCCUUCUCUAAAGUGCUGUGGUUCUUCAAACACUAGUCAUUUCUCUAAGAUACAACCCCAGUGCUUUAGGAAGCUACGUUAACUUAUUGAGGCCCUCCAAUAUCCAAUCCAUCUAGUAGUACAAUUGAUUAGUAAUAAAACUAGAAAUCAGUUUAACUGAUGAAAGGAACUGUCUCAGUCAUGUGACACUGAUCGUUUUGAGGAAAAUAGACAUAGAUUAAUGAGUUAUGUGCAUAGGUCAUGAGUAGAUUGAGAAGUCUGAUACUUAAUAGUUUGAUUUGUUUCACCAAUGGUUUUGAUUUUCUUAGGCAUGUGAAAAUGCUGUUUAAUGAACUUGAGAGUACAAUAAAUGUACUUUUGUUCUCAAGGCUAGUAGCUGGAUUUUACACUCAUGGACAUAGUCCUAAUCAAUAGAGUUAAAUAAACAAAUUCAGCAAGUUAUGAAAUCUGACAUAGUAGGUGAGAGGAGAUAUAUUCUGCCUAAUUAAAUGUAUUUGUUUAUUACGUGGAUUACCAAGUUUUAAAAUACUGAAGUUCCAUAAAAAUGCAUGAACAAUAGAAAAGUGCUGAACAUUAUUUUGGAUGCUAGCUGCUUGGGCAUUAAUUGUCAUAUCUGCUUUAAGAUAAAAUAUACACAUAUAUCUUUAUUUUAUCCUAUUGUGUUCUGAAUAUCCUUCUUCAUAAAUCAGUAUUUCAAAAUUGCCUUUUGAAAUAAUCUCAGAAGUCCGAAGAUUUUAAAUUAUGCUGAAAGCUUGUACCUCUUUGGUAGAAUCCAACUCUGCAAAGAAGCUGACUCUGUGAUAAUUGGUUUCUGCCCAGUGAUAUCGAACUGUUCCUGAAUUUCGUAUUAUAAUCUAAUAGGUUUACCACACUGCCACUUUUUAAUGAGUCACAAACCAAUUUUUUUUAAAAAAUAUGAUAAUAGAGUAAGUAACCUAUCCUCUUAAGAAAGGAUUAAGUAUGUGAAAAGUGAAAACCUAUGAAAAACUACGUGCCCAUAAUAAAGUGUUGGUUUUUAGUAAGAAACAUAUUUCAUUGAGUAUUAAAGUACUUCGGAGAAACUGUGGCAUAUUUUGGAACUCUUAAUUCAAUUGGAAUUAAAUUACCAAAAAAAAAACUAUUCAGAAUUCAUGGAUAUUUCUUAAUGUUUUUCUGCAGCUAGGUUUUGGUUUAAAAUGUAAUUUCAGUAUAGGGCUUUUAGCCAUUCCAUAUCUAUGCUUCUUUAACUAAAAUAUAUCUUUCAAAAAGGCAGUUUGGCAUAGUGGGAUAGAUGGUAGGAAAAACUGUCAGUCUCCACGCUGCUAUUAACUGAUAUCGGUAACUCACCUCCCCUUUGGGUCUCAGUUUUUUAUUUAUCUGUAUUAUGAACUCAGAGGUCACACCUUAGGUAUGAGAACUAUUGAUACAUGACUGACAAAGAAGAUAAAAUAGAACUGAAACUAUCCCAUGCAAGAUAUCCAACAUUGAUCUCUGUGACUAAGCAAUUUGAACAUAAAAAGUCAGUCAUUGCUGUUCUUGUUUUUAAUGUAAAUAGAGUCCAUUAGUAAAAGUGAAAUUAAGUCUCAUGUUGAGUGAAUUGGAUAACCAUUUACACAAAAAGAUGGCUUUUAUCUUUGCUUAAAUAUAAACAUUUUUGGAUCACUUCCGAAGAAUUAAAACCACCACUACUACAUUUUAGUCAUUUUAGUCAGAAAGAGAUACUAUGUGUGUAGCAUUUGGAAAUGCACCAAAUUAAGCACUUAAAUGCUCUCAUUUUAUUAAAAGCUAAGAGCAGAAAAUGUAAGAUGCUCAUAAAGUUUUUUUGAAUGCCAAAAGAUAAUUUAGAAUCCAUUUGGAAAGGAGUAAUUCAUAAAUUACAUUUUAAAUUGGAAAGUGGGAUAAGAAUUUUAAAACAAGCCAGCUUGUCUUUGAAACAAUAUUAUUUUGAAAUUGGCGUUAAAAUAUAAAUAUUCAGACUGAAAUUCUAAUUAGUUCAUUUGUGGUAUCUGAUCACAUAAUGUAUGUUGCUGCUUUUCAUUGACAAGUCUGGAAAUGCCUUUGUAAAGAUAAAAUAAUAGUACUUUCAUUUCCUAACAAGGUAUUGUUUUAGAAAUAACCCAUAUUAAAAUGGCUAUUCAUGAUCCAAAAACGUUUUCUAAGCACUGUAAAUUUAUUUAUAAUGGCCAUCUCCAACUACAUUCUUAUGAUGUUUUUUAAAAUAAAAUUGUUUAAGCUAAAAACCAUAGUAUUUUCAGUUACUUGAUUUCUGAGGUAUAAGACUCACUAAAUAAAAAUUUCCAAUCAAAAUAUCCUGUUCUCAUAUAAUUCUAAGGAUUAAUGUAUGAUUACAGUCUCCCACUUGCCACUAUUUUUUAAAUCAAUGGACUUAAAAAAUAUUCAGAUGUUUAGGUGGAUGCAGAGAUACACUGUUCAGACAGAUUGGAGUUUGCGUAUUGUAAUGUAAAUGUAUGUCAACACUAUUCUAAAUAGUUUUAUUAUGACUGAAGUUUAAGUAAAAAAGGUUGUAAAAUGUGAUGUGUAUGUGUAUAUACUGUAUGUGUACUUUUUAAAAUAGGUAUAUGUCCUGACCUUUUUUAUACAGGUUUGAAUUUGAAAUUACAUUAUAUAUACAUAUACUUUAUUGUUCUAAAUAAAGAAUUUUAUGCACUCAUAAA